CCGGCUACGCUUAUAGCGGCGGGGGGGCGGCGGCGGCGGCCACGACAGGACGCGAUGGAACGAGUCGUGCUGGUGACCGGUGCCAGCGGCGGUGUGGGGCUAGCGCUGUGCCAACGGCUGCUGGAGGAGGAUGGCCGCAUCCAUCUCUGUAUCGCCUGCCGCAACGCUCAGAAGAGUGAAGCCACUCGCGACCUCAUCCUGGCCGCCCACCCCAAUGCCCAGGUCUCCACCGUGGAGGUGGACCUAGGUAACCUGGCUUCGGUCCUGCGUGUAGCCCGUGAACUCCGCUGCAGGUUUAAGCGCCUGGACUUUGUCUACCUCAAUGCUGGGAUCAUGCCCAACCCACACGUGAACUUUAAGGCACUCUGGCAUGGUCUCCUCACUGGGAGGCUGCUUCACAUGUUGACCACUGCAGAAGGCGUCAUGACCCAGACAGACAGGCUUAAUGGAGAUGGACUGCAGGAGGUGUUUGCUACCAACCUCUUUGGACACUUUAUCCUGGUUCGUCAGCUCGAGGCUCUGCUCUGUGGCAACGAGAAGCCCUCACGACUCAUCUGGACCUCUUCCAGCAAUGCCAGGGAGUCUGCCUUCAGCCUUUCUGACUAUCAGCAUGCCAAGGGGAAGGAAUCAUACAGCUCCUCCAAAUAUGCUACUGACCUGACCAGCGUGGUUCUGAACAGGAAAUUCAAUAAGCAGGGUCUGUACUCCAGUGUUGUUUGUCCUGGCCUUGUUAUGUCCAACAUGACCUACAGGAUUUUGCCAGUCUUUCUGUGGAAGCUGCUGAUGCCCAUCAUGUGGCUGAUCCGAUUCUUUGCCAAGACCUACACUCUGACACCCUACAAUGGAGCAGAAGCUCAUGUGUGGCUGUUCAAACAGAAGCCAGAGUACCUGGAUGAGCUUGUCAAAUACCACAGCUGCACUUCUGGAUUGGGAAAGAGCUAUGUGGAGCCCAGAAAGAUUGAUGUGGAUGAAGAAACUGCUGAGAAAUUGUAUGAGAAGCUGUUGGAACUGGAGAAGCAAACUCUGGAGAGAUACAGUGAUCUGCUAGAUUAACUAAAGGCAGUCUCAGCUGGGUGUCAGUCUUGUAUCAGGGACAGGAGCUGUUUUCCAUCCCUUUCUGGUGCUACUGAAAUAAAUGUUGCCUGCUGUUCUGCAGGCACAUGGCUUCAGACCCCACCUUGCUUCCUGGCAGAAGGUGAACAGUUCCUGACAAUGGAGGUGUGGAAACUGAAGGGAAAUGCUUUUUAGUCUCUUUUUUUGUUAGGGGAUAGUUUUCUGGCAUAAAACUGGAGCCCUGGAGUGGGUGGAUGCUGCCUCAACAGGGCUGCAAAGCAGUGCCUGGCAAAAGCAUGACUGAGCUGUGCACAGCUCAGGAGCAGCCUCUCAAAACAUCUGCCCUGCACCAGCUUGGCUCUGGCAGUCUGUCUGGGUGGUUCAAAUGCAUUGCCUGGGGGGGAUCCUGAAGCACUUGAAGGCUUGUCUUCAGAGGAGCUGCUCUCACCCUGGCACACCAAAGCUGGGGCAAACCUUGCAGACAUGCUCCACAAGGCUGAACCUUACUGCAGGGCAAGCUCUGCUCAGCAUCUGA